GACUAGGAGGCGGAGGGGGAACACACCAACCUGUCAGCCUCUUACUCAGCCACAGCCUCCGCCGCGCGCUCUACCUGCCGCAGCCCCCGACUCACCUGAACCUGCGCAGCCCCAGACUCACCUGGCCACGCCCGAGAAGCGGUCGCCGGAGUCCGCGCCUCGCUCUCGGACUGAGAUGUGCUGGUCCUAGCUGCUGUCCAAGAGGAUGUCCGGGGUGUCCGAGCCCCUGAGCCGAGUAAAGGUGGGCACAUUACGUCGGCCUGAGGGCCCUCCAGAGCCCAUGGUGGUGGUACCGGUAGACGUGGAGAAGGAAGACGUGCGCAUCCUCAAGGUCUGCUUCUACAGCAACAGCUUCAACCCUGGGAAGAACUUCAAACUGGUCAAAUGCACAGUACAGACGGAGAUCCAGGAGAUCAUCACCUCCAUCCUGCUGAGUGGGCGGAUUGGGCCCAACAUCCAGUUGGCUGAGUGCUAUGGACUGAGGCUGAAGCACAUGAAGUCAGAUGAGAUCCACUGGCUGCACCCCCAGAUGACGGUGGGUGAGGUGCAGGACAAAUAUGAAUGUCUACACGUGGAGGCCGAGUGGAGGUAUGACCUUCAAAUCCGCUACUUGCCAGAAGACUUCAUGGAGAGCCUGAAAGAAGACAGGACCACACUGCUUUAUUUUUAUCAACAGCUCCGGAAUGACUACAUGCAGCGCUAUGCCAGCAAGGUCAGCGAGGGCAUGGCCCUGCAGCUGGGCUGUCUGGAGCUCAGGCGGUUCUUCAAGGAUAUGCCCCACAACGCACUUGACAAAAAGUCCAACUUCGAGCUCCUGGAAAAGGAAGUGGGACUCGACCUGUUUUUCCCAAAGCAGAUGCAGGAGAAUUUAAAGCCCAAGCAGUUCCGGAAGAUGAUCCAGCAGACCUUCCAGCAGUACGCCUCUCUCCGGGAGGAGGAGUGUGUCAUGAAGUUCUUCAACACCCUCGCGGGCUUCGCCAACAUCGACCAGGAGACCUAUCGCUGUGAACUUGUUCAAGGGUGGAACAUUACCGUGGACCUGGUCAUCGGCCCUAAAGGCAUCCGCCAGCUGACAAGUCAAGAUGCAAAGCCCACCUGCCUGGCUGAGUUCAAGCAGAUCAAGUCCAUCAGGUGCCUCCCGCUGGAGGAGGGCCAGGCGGUCCUGCAGCUGGGCAUCGAAGGCGCUCCCCAGUCCUUGUCCAUCAAAACCUCCUCCCUGGCAGAGGCUGAGAACAUGGCUGACCUCAUAGAUGGUUACUGCCGGCUUCAGGGGGAACAUAAAGGCUCUCUGAUCAUCCAUCCCAAGAAAGAUGGUGAGAAGCGGAACAGCCUGCCCCAGAUCCCCAUGCUGAACCUGGAGGCGAGGCGGUCCCACCUCUCAGAAAGCUGCAGCAUAGAGUCAGACAUCUAUGCAGAGAUUCCCGAUGAGACCCUGAGAAGGCCAGGAGCUCUACAGUAUGGUGUGGCCCGCGAGGAUGUGGUUCUCAACCGUAUUCUGGGAGAAGGCUUCUUUGGGGAGGUCUAUGAAGGGGUCUACACAAAUCACAAAGGGGAGAAAAUCAACGUGGCCGUCAAGACCUGCAAGCAGGACUGCACUCUGGACAACAAGGAGAAGUUCAUGAGUGAGGCAGUGAUCAUGAAGAAUCUCGAUCACCCGCACAUCGUGAAGCUGAUUGGCAUCAUCGAAGAGGAGCCCACCUGGAUCAUCAUGGAACUGUACCCCUAUGGGGAGCUGGGCCACUACCUGGAGCGAAAUAAGAACUCCCUGAAGGUGCCCACCCUCGUCCUGUAUGCUCUACAGAUAUGCAAAGCCAUGGCCUACCUGGAGAGCAUCAGCUGUGUGCACAGGGACAUCGCUGUCCGGAACAUCCUGGUGGCCUCCCCUGAGUGUGUGAAGCUGGGGGACUUUGGCCUUUCCCGGUACAUCGAGGAUGAGGAGUAUUACAAAGCCUCUGUGACCCGUCUCCCCAUCAAAUGGAUGUCCCCCGAGUCCAUUAACUUCCGCCGCUUCACAACGGCCAGCGACGUCUGGAUGUUUGCCGUGUGCAUGUGGGAGAUCCUGAGCUUCGGGAAGCAGCCUUUCUUCUGGCUGGAAAACAAGGAUGUCAUCGGGGUGCUGGAGAAAGGGGAUCGGCUGCCCAAGCCUGACCUCUGUCCACCUGUCCUUUACACCCUCAUGACCCGCUGCUGGGACUACGACCCCAGUGACCGGCCCCGCUUCACGGAGCUGGUGUGCAGCCUCAGUGACAUUUAUCAGAUGGAGAAGGACAUUGCCAUAGAGCAAGAAAGGAAUGCUCGCUACCGUCCGCCCAAAAUAUUGGAGCCCACUGCCUUCCAGGAACCACCACCCAAGCCCAGCCGGCCCAAGUAUAGACCCCCUCCACAAACCAACCUGCUGGCUCCCAAGCUACAGUUCCAGGUCCCUGAGGGUCUGUGUGCCAGCUCCCCUACGCUCACCAGCCCUAUGGAGUAUCCAUCUCCUGUUAACUCGCUGCACACCCCACCUCUCCACCGGCACAAUGUCUUCAAGCGCCACAGCAUGCGGGAGGAGGACUUCAUCAGACCCAGCAGCAGAGAAGAGGCCCAGCAGCUGUGGGAGGCUGAGAAGAUCAAGAUGCGGCAGAUCCUGGACAAGCAGCAGAAGCAGAUGCUGGAAGAUUCCCAGUGGCUGAGGCAGGAGGAGAAGUCCUUGGACCCCAUGGUUUACAUGAAUGAUAAGUCCCCAUUGACCCCAGAGAAGGAGGCCGGCUACACCGAGUUCACCGGGCCCCCACAGAAGCCACCGCGACUCGGUGCCCAGUCCAUCCAGCCCACGGCCAACCUGGACCGGACCGACGACCUGGUGUACCUCAACGUCAUGGAGCUGGUGCGGGCGGUGCUGGAUCUCAAGAAUGAGCUCGGCCAACUGCCCCCUGAGCGCUACGUGGUGGUGGUGAAGAACGUGGGGCUGACCCUGAGGAAGCUCAUUGGGAGUGUGGAUGACCUCUUGCCCUCCUUGCCAUCGUCUUCGAGGACAGAGAUUGAGGGGACCCAGAAGCUGCUCAACAAGGACCUGGCAGACCUCAUCAACAAGAUGCGGCUGGCGCAGCAGAACGCCGUAACCUCCCUGAGCGAGGAGUGCAAGCGGCAGAUGCUCACGGCCUCCCACACCCUGGCCGUGGACGCCAAGAACCUGCUGGACGCUGUGGACCAGGCCAAGGUCCUGGCCAACCUGGCCCACCCGCCCGCAGAGUGACUGACGGCGGGGGCCACCCGCCCGCGUCUUCCACCCCCACCUGUCGCGCACCUCCCCUGCCUUGCCUUUGGUCACCUGGUCUUCUCAGGGAAGGCCCGGGGGUGGGGGGUUCUCCCUCACCACUUUGCACGACCCCCUCCCCACCCACCCCAGACUGUGCUGCUAGGCUGCAGCUGAAUGGAGGGGACUCUGGGUAUGGUCGCAGGGGCGGGUGACGCGCAUGGUUCAGAGGGGGCACUGUUGCCGUCAGCCACUCCCUCCCACCCAGCCUGGGUGCUGGAGCCUCACAGGGUCACAGUGGUGUCCCUAGCAGCCGACAUGGCUUUAUGCAUGGACAUGGCAGGCCCAUAUGGGAGCCAAGCUAUUUCUUCUCCUUCCUCUUCAGCCCUCGGGGAUCCCCUGAUGCACAGAGGGGCCAGGGAAGGGCCUUAUUUUGGGGGGUCGGGAGGCUUGUAAGAUGAGGGGUGGCCUGGCUUUCUUGUACAGUGUAUAUUUGAAUUUAUUUAAUGUGAGUUUGAUCUGGACUGACAGCUGGGUUCCCUCCUAAUGGGGGAUCUGGGACAUCGUCCAGGAACAAACUGAUGGGGAAUUCUGGCACGGGACACUGUGUUGUCAUCAUGCCAAGUAUCAGGGGAAGGGGCAGAGAGACGGAGGCCAGGACUGGACUUGGACCGCAAUCUGCUCUCUCCCCGGCAGCCUCCUCUCUUUCUUCCUUUGCUUUCCCCGCCUUUUUCUUACUCCUCCUCUCCUCCCCCCCUUUUCUCAUCUGAGCCCUUCCUUUCUCAAGUGUUUGUGUUGAGCCUUCUUUUACCUUCUUUCUAUCGGAUUCGUGGUUGAAUUAAACUCGUACCAUUUGC